AUGGCCCGCUCGAGGUCUGCCUCCGGCGCGGGACAUCAGCUCCUACCUAGUGGAGCUGUUUCAGAGAAUGUGCGUGCCCUGCCCCACACCACGUCCGCAACGGUUCUCGGCGACGUCACCAACACCUCAGGGCAGCACUGGGCGCAGUGGAAGAGAGCGGCGGAGCCCCUCGCAGGCGCGGGGGCUACUUCCGCGAAGAAGCCUGCAGGCAUCGCCGCUGGAGCUGCAGCCCCGGCGAGCGGCAUUGCUCCGGCUUCGCUGGUGGCGCAGAUGGCGACACCAUCCGGCAUAGGCCGCUCGUCGUCGAGCGCGGGACGGCCAUGCGCUCGCCCCGCGCCCUCGCCGGCGCCGAUGGAGGUGGAGUCGGACGUCCUGAACAGGGAGGACGACCCGCAGCACGUCGUGGAGUACGUCCCCGACAUCUACAUGCGGAUGCACGCGGGCGAGGGGGACUGCCAGCCGCAGCCGGCCUUCCUGGACUGGCAGACCCACGUGAACUCCAAGAUGCGCGCCAUCCUCGUGGACUGGCUCGUGGACGUCCACAAGAAGUACAAGCUGAGGCCAGAGACCCUCUUCCUGGCGGUUGGGAUCACGGACCGCUUCCUGGAAAAGAGAACGACUGCAAGACGGCACUUGCAGUUGCUGGGUAUCACCGCGCUCCUCGUCGCCGGUAAGUUUGAGGAGCAGUACCCUCUGACCAUUCAGGACACGGUCUACGUCACCGACAGGGCCUACACGAAGGACGAGGUGAUCCAGAUGGAGGUGUCGAUACUCACGCUGCUCGACUUCAAGGUGUGCCAGCCCACCGCCGUGCACUUCCUGGACCGGUAUCAGAUCGUCAACGGCUGCAAGGAGGAGCACCGCGAACUCGCGAACUACCUCCUGGAGCUCACGCUCGUCGAGCACAAGAUGGUUAAAUAUUCACCGUCUCACCUAGCAGCCGCGGCCAUGUUGCUCAGCAACAAGCUGCUCCGGCGCCAGCCUUCGUGGCCGUCAGUGUUGGCCAAGCACACCAGGUGCACCGAGCAGAGCCUCAAGGAGUGCGCCAAGGAGCUCUGCGGGCUGCUCGAGCAGGCCGAGCAGAACCCCCUGCAGGCGAUCAGGAAGAAGUACUCGCAGCCGCGGCGCCACGAGAUCGCGAAGUCCCGCUACAUCACAGCCGUCGCCGGCCUCGCCGCGGAUGCGGCACAGGCGCGCCCGCUGAGGCGGGCCUCAGUCGCCUCCUCGGGCGGCCACGGCCGCCGCGCCAGCGUUGGGCAGCAGGACGACCACGGCCGCAGCGCAGCCGACUCCACGAUGAUGUGA